UAUCCAGUUAAUGUAACUUGGAUUUAUAGGCUUCGGAGACUCCCUGGAGAGAAAAAGGGAUGUAUUUUUUGUAUUUAAAUUCAGCUGCACAUAUCAACCACCACCCCCUUGCCUUAAAAAAAACAACUUUGGAAUUUACACCGUAUGGAUAGUGACGAAGAUGUAAAUAAACGGAACGUUUGCCAGAGUCGUUCGUGUAGUAGCAGCUGUUGGUUCUGGAGACGUUUGUUUUGCUCACUCCCUUUGCCCGGAAAAAACAACCCCGUCAGAAAUGGUGUUGGGGAGCUAGAACGGGCGGAAGUGCUGAAUAUGGCCACGCGGGUUCGACCGAGUAGUAAGCGCUGUGCGGUAAUAGGGGGCUCAGGUUUCCUGGGCAGACACCUCGUGGAGAAGCUGGUGGAGCGUGGCUACACUGUGUCGGUAUUCGACAUACGACAGAGCUACGAGCUGCCGGGCGUCACCUUCCACCAGGGAGACCUCUGCGACUUGCAGGCUCUGCUGCCAGCACUUAAGGGUGUCUCUCUGGUGUUCCACUGUGCCUCUCCGUCACCCGCUAGUGACGACAGGGGCCUCUUUGAGAGGGUCAACAUUCAAGGUACAAGCACUGUCAUUCAGGCCUGCACUGAAGUCGGAGUACAGAAAUUGGUGCUGACAAGUAGUGCUAGCGUGGUGUUUGAGGGAUCUGACAUAAAGAAUGGGAGAGAAGAUUUGCCCUAUGCCAAGAAGCCUAUUGACUACUACACAAAGACCAAGAUCGAGCAAGAGAAGUUGGUCCUGGAGGCUUGUGACAAGCAGAAGGGUUUCGUCACCGUUGCCAUCCGUCCUCAUGGCAUCUUCGGACCUCGGGACCUGCAGCUGGUCCCCAUUCUGGUGGAUACAGCUCGCAAGGGCAAGAUGAAGUUCAUCAUUGGUGACGGUACCAACCUGGUGGAUUUCACCUUUGUAGAAAACGUUGUACACGGACACAUCCUGGCUGCUGAGCACCUGAGGCCCGACUCUCCCAUAUGUGGAAAGCCGUAUCAUAUCACUAAUGAUGAACCGGUUCGGUUUUGGGACUUCAUGUCAGACUUGUUGGUUGGUCUGGGUUACGCUGCUCCACGUUACCACCUGCCCUAUAUGCUCGUGUAUGGUCUGGCCCUUCUGCUUUGGCUGCUGGCUCUGCUGCUUCGCCCCCUGAUGUCCUUCAAACCUACGUUUACGCCAAUGAGAGUGGCUCUGGCCGGUACCCACCACUACUACAGCUGUGACAGAGCCAAGCAGGACAUGGGCUAUAUGCCGCUGGUCAGCCUGAAGGAGGGUAUCACACGCACUGUGCAAAGCUAUCCUCAUCUCAGGCAGAAUGCUUAAUAGUAGAGUAAAAGUCGUAGUAGCAGUUGACGCACAUGCACUGAAUGGACUAAUCUUAGUGGACACCAUUUCAAACUAUCAAACCUUGCAGGUGGGCAGCAUUUUUGUGCCUUUUCAAUUGUAAUGUUACAUUUGCACCAGCAGAUAGCAGUAGUUUGUCCUUUCAGUCAGAAGGUUCACCAACCACACCUGCAGUAUCUAAUGUGAUCCAAUAGAAAAUGAGUCUAAAAUACUGGAUUUAGAACUGUAAUUAUGCUUAUUCACUGUCAAAGGGUGGAAGAAUCAACACUGUUUAAUAUUGAGUUCACAGAUCUAGUGGUUCACUCGCCUGACUUUUGUGCAGGCACCGUGGGUUCAGUUCCCAAUGACAGACGUGAAGGGUCAUCUCAUCCAUCUCUUUAUGUGCCCUCAUGCGAUUGACUGGCCAACAGUCCAGGGUGUAGUUUGCAUUUUGCUCGAUGUCAGCUGGAAUUGGCACCAGCUCCCUAUAACCCUGAACAGGAUAAGUGGUAUAGAAAAUGGAUGGUGAUUCAUAUUUUGGGAAAGAUUAGGUAUAUGAAGAAUUAUUCAAAUUUAAAAGCAUUUGCACAGUACGUCAUUUUCCAUGCCACAACAAAGAAAAAUGCGUUUAUGCCCCAAAAUUGUCCAAGAUAUGAAUGAUUUUGGGGUUUAACUGUUGCUAAACAAGCUAUCAAAUCUGAUGCAGGGCAGUUCUAGUCCACUCUUAAAUAUAACCAUAAUAAUAAAUGUCAAUCAAAACUGAACAUUAUGUUUUUAGGCAGAAUAUUUGUUAUAGCUUUUGUAUUGGAUCUCAUUGGAUUACGUAAAUUGUGGCAGCAGUGUGGAUUGGAAGCUCUUGUUCUAUACACACACAUUCAUAAUAAAAAACUGCUUCAAGAUAUUUUUACAAGACAUGUCAUGUUAUCUCUGUGUUCUGUCCAAGUUAUCAGUCCGCUAUGUUAUUAGUUGCCAUUACAAGUGAGCACCUGAAUUCCGUUUUCCUUUCCCGCAUUGUAGUGAGUGUAUUGCACAAAGCAAAAGUCCAUGAAGAUAUGCCUUUGUAUUUUUUGAUUCAAGGAACAGAAGUGUCCCUUGAAGGCUGCCUUCCAGUUCAUCUGAUGCUUUAUGUAAUGAAUUACAACACUGACUCUUCCUGUCCUUUAUUGCCUAUUCUCACUAAUGCUAAGAUCCCUGUAGCCAAACUCUAAAUAUCUUAUUGGACCUCUUUCCCAGAUGAUAGAAAGCUGUUAUAAAAAUGUACUGUACUUCAAUACAAUUAAAUAAAUACAAAGAUUUUGUUGUU